UUUGCACUCUGUUAGGAAAGAAGUGCACCAGAGAGCAUGGUUAACAAAGAGGAAUUAGAAGUAAAACUGAAAAAACUUGUCGUGAGAUUAAAAAAUGUGCAAGAACGAAAGCAGCUCGGCACUUUGGUGCAGAUCAUUGAAGAUCUUCUUUACCUGGCACAAAACGAUGAGUGGGCGGCAGAUCUGUUUGAAGAAAAGGAAGUUCACUCUCCUCUGAUGGUGGUGCUGUCAUCUUACAUCAACAGUCACGAUGUGCAGCAGGUGGGGUGGUCACUCCUCUGUCGACUGUUGGAAAUAUGCCCCGGGACCCUGGAGAAGCUGGCAAGGCCACUGAGUGCUGGCAAGGACUGGGAGGUACUGGGAAUACAUCAGCAGAUCCUCAAGGUGUUGUCACUUCACAGUGGACAGUGCAAACUCAUGACAGUGGGCCUUCGAGUUUUGACGUUCCUCCUAAAAUCAGAUGUGAUCAUGUUGACGUGUUUGGAGGACGAUAUGGACAUCUUUGACUUGAUUCUCAGCGCUAUGACAACUUUCUCCACCAAUGAGGAGGUUCAGACCCAUGGCUGCAGGUCACUGCAGCUACUUCUGGAGCAGGUUGCCGAUGUGCACCUAGUGGAGUUUGUGGAGAGAGGGGACCACAGCGUGGUUCUGAGUGUGGUUCGAAUGUUCCAGAACAAUGAAGAUUUGGUUCUACAGGCGCUGAAAGUUCUACUGCCUUUAGCAGGCCCAGCCAGUAAUGUGGAGAUCCUGGUGUCUGGAAAUGAACGAUGUUACAGCCUGAUAAACCAAGUCAUGCAGGCUUUCCCACACCAUCAGCUCCUGCAGGAGGUCGGGUGCUGCCUGUUCCAGAAAUUCAUCUCAUUAGAGAGUUGUUACAACAUCCUGGUUCUAAAUGGAGUGCACAGGAUGAUCGCCAGAGCAUGCUUCAUGUACCCAGAGAACGCGCGACUUCAGACGCCUGCCCUGUCCUGUCUGGCUGCCCUCACUGAAACAAUAGUGCAGAAUAAAGGACUUGCAGAAGAGGAGGAAGUGGAGGAGUUGUCCUGGUUGGAUGCUUGCUGCACAGCACUGGAAUUUCACACAGGUGAUCCUCUGGUUCAGGAGGCUGCAUGUUUGGCUCUAAACAGCCUUCUGGUUCAGGACCCUCGGCUUCACCAGAGGUUUGGGGAUCAAGAUGAGAGGGCUCCCGUCCACAGGCAGGUGAUGGCGGCCAUGCUGCUGCACUCUGGCUGUCGCGGCUUGUUCCAGGCCGCAGCCGCCGCUCUGGGAACACUCAUCGACCACAACAGUAAAAUUCCGGCUCUCUUGCUGUCCAAUGGGAUCCAUAUCAACAUUUUGGAAAUAAUGAAGAAGUACAACUCCUGCCCUGAAAUUUCUGAAAGUUCCUGCAGGUUGCUACAUAAACUCUUCCAGGGACGGACUGCAAGUCUGGAUGAGGUCAUUAUGGCCAUGAAUGAGAUCUUGAGGGCCAUGAGGACCCAUAACUUUCUGCCGGAGGUCCAGCUGGAAGCCUUGAGGGCCAGUCUGGCCUUCCUCAACCCUGACAGAAGACUGAGGGAGCAUGGCGUCUCAGUGGCAGACCCUGACACAGCAGACGUCUCACUGAAGGUGUUGAAGAACCAGUGUGUGGUGGAGGGUGCUCACACUGUGUUCUUGGAGGCUCUCAACCGGUUUAUUGGAAGUCCACAAAUCCAGGAUUGUGGGUUGAGAGUUCUCACUGCACUUGCUGACUGCUCUGGUGCAGUGGAGCUGAUGUGCCAGCAGGGGGCGAUAGAUACCGUUCUACACACACUCCAGAUGUUCCCCGUAGUGAGAGAAAUACACUACUGGGGUCUGAGUCUGCUUCAGUACCUCAUAGCCAAGAAGAAUUUAUCCAGAAUGAUUGUCCCUGUUUUGGCUUCUGUUGUUGUGGACACUUUGAGGCUGUACAGAGAGGAUGCAGAGAUACAGCUGAAGGGCUUCCAGGUGGCUUGGAAGCUGAUGGACACCUCUUCCGAUGCGGCCCUGGAGCUGGAGAGAGAGGCGUUUGACAGAGAGCUGUUCCUCCAGCUGAGAUCGAGCUCCUCUGAACUGCGGAACGACCCACUGCACCAGGCGAGCUGCCUGUGCCUCUCCAAGAUGGCUGCCGACAGUAACAUCAGAUAUGUCAUGCUGGAAAAGGCAUGUCUGGACGGCGAUGUCAUCAUGGCAGAGUGUCUGAUUCACCUGGGGGCUGACAUCAACAGGAAAACAAAGACAGAGUCUCUCAUUUACCUGGUGUGUGAGAGGGGCGGCCCGCUGGAGCUGGUGGACCUCCUCCUGUCCAGCGGGACCCACGAGCAGAACCUGCGCAGCGCCCUGACCGUCAGCGUCCGCAAGCGGGACGGUCCCGUGGUCAGCCUCCUGCUGGGGAAGCUGGGGCUGGACCUGAACAACAGCGCCCUCUGCCUGGGGGGCUUCCGCCUGGGGGACAUCGAGGCCUCCUGGCUCAGACCGCUGUUCUCCGAGCGCAGGUCCUCCAGCCUUCGGAGAGCGACCAGUAAAGGUGCUUCACUGGGCAAGCAGGUGUCAUCCUGUCAGAAAAGAAGAGUUCAUUUUCAGAAGAGGUCAACAGACGCAUACUCCACUGGGUACCUGUCUGAUGAGAGCGAUGACAGCAGCCUCUUCUCCCUGGACGACAGCUUGGUCUUCCCCAACGAGGACAUGGAGAGUGACGGAAGUGAUGGACUCCCUCGCUUGAAGAGUCCCCAGUGUGACAUGUCUGAGGAGUUGUCUGGACCGCUAGCGAACCGACAGCAACGACGCCGCAGUCAUGCUAGUGCUGAGGGAGGAAGCACGGAUUCUGAAACAAAUGAGCUUCGUCAGCAGAGAUGUUUGAGGAUAUCGCCAAAUCAGAGAGGUAAUUAUUCCCCUGUCCUGGGCUCAGUGGAGAGCCCCUCGCAGUCAGGCCCCGCCUCUCUGAGUGGGGACAGAGAACGCAUUCGGUUGCUGGACCUUUCAGGGAAUGAGCUUGACUCUCUGUGCUGCUUGCUGGGAGAGGGCAUGGUCCAACAGCACCUGGAGCACCUGGUCCGACUCGAGCUGAGCCAAAACAACUUGUCGGAAUUCCCCUCUGGCCUCUGUGAGAGUCUGAGAAGCGUGACACGCCUGGAUCUCCAUAGUAACCGUCUGCAGUCACUGCCAGCAGGAAUCUUGGGCCUGCCUGCGCUGAGCAUGCUCAAUGUGUCCAGGAAUUGUGUGGGGCCGCUACUGUCUCUGGACCCUACUGCUAGAUGCCCCUCCCUGAGACAGCUCAGCCUGGCUUUCAACCACAUCACUGUUUUCCCAGACCAGCUGGGCCAGGUCCUCAACAAACUAGAGGAGCUCUCGUUUGAAGGGAAUAAAAUUACAGAGCUCUAUUCCCCUCUCUGCCUUCCUGAAUUGAAGCUUCUGGAUGUCAGUAAAAACAACAUUGAAAAGAUUUCUCUGGACUUCCUGUCUAGCUGUGUCAAGCUAGAGACUUUCAAUGCAUCAACAAACAAGCUAUGUAAUUUGUCUCAUUUGCCAUCAAAGAUCACAACAUUGAAAUUGUCUCACAAUAACUUCAGCUGCAUUCCAGAUGUAAUUAUCCAGCUUCCAUGUUUACGAUCGGUGGACAUGAGAAACAAUGACAUCACGGCCCUCCCAGGACCCUCGGCGUGGGUGUCGGCCAGUCUCACGGAGUUAAUCUUCAGCAACAACCGGAUCGGUGCUCUGGAUCUCAGUGGACCGGUCCACAAGUGGGCCAGACUGGAGAAGCUGCACCUUGCCAAUAACAAGCUGACAGAGAUCCCCCCUCAGAUUGGCCUGCUGGAAGACCUGACCUCUCUGGAUGUCAGCCGAAACGCCGGCCUGCGCUCCUUUCCGGAUGAGAUGGGGAAGCUGGGGCGGCUGUGGGACCUGCCGCUGGACGAGCUUCGGCUUGACCUGGACCUCAAGCUCAUCGGCAGCAAGACCAAGGACAUCAUCAGGCACCUGCAGCAGCGCCUGAAGAAGGCCGUGCCCUACCACAGGAUGAAGCUGAUCAUCGUAGGGAAUUCUGGGAGCGGGAAGAGCACGCUCGUCCACCAGCUGAUGAAAAUGAAGAGGUCCCAGUCGCGGGCCGACCGGCCCUCCGUUGGCAUCGACGUCAGAGACUGGACCGUCCGGGACCGAGACAGGAAGAACAUGGUGCUGAACGUGUGGGACUUUUCAGGAGGGGAGGAAUACAACAGCUCGCACCCCCAUUUCAUGACCCCCAGAGCGCUGUACAUGGUGGUAUAUGACCUGAGUAAGGGUGCGGCCGAGGUGGACGCCAUGAAGCCAUGGCUCUUUAACAUCAAGGCUGCGGCUCCCCUCUCCCCCGUUAUCCUGGUUGGCACGCACUUGGACGUGAGCGAGGAGCGCCACAUGCAGGCGUGUGUGGCAAAGAUCCGUGGGGAGCUCCUGAACCAGCAGAGCUUCCCUGUGAUCAGAGACCACUACAUGGUGACCGCCGGCGAAGAGUCCGACUCCCUGAGCAAACUGCGCAAGGCCGUCAUCAGAGAGGCAGCCGGCUUUAAGAUCCAGGGUCAGCCUGUCAUGGGUCAGCUCAUCCCAGAAAGCUACCUGGAGCUGGAGAGGAGGGUCCUGAAGGAGAGGGAGAGGGUGGCCCCGGAGUUCCCCGUCCUGCACCAGCAGAACCUCCUGGAGAUCAUCCAGGACAACCAGCUGCAGCUGGACGAGAGCGAGCUGCCCCAUGCAGUCCACUUCCUGAGCGAGGCUGGCAUCCUCUUGCACUUUGAGGACACUGCCCUCCAGCUUAGGGACCUCUACUUCAUCAACCCACAAUGGCUUUGCAGCAUACUGUCCCAGAUAUUGACACUGAAAUGCCCUGGAGUUUCUGGCCAAACCAAAGGAAUCAUGCAGCGCUCCGUGGUGGAGAAAUUCCUCUUCGAGAACAAGUGCUUCCCCAAAACAAACAUCGCUCAGUACUUCAAGCUCCUGGAGAAGUUCCUGAUCGCCCUGCCAUUUGGAGAAGACCAGCUUCUCAUCCCCAGCAGCUUGUCGGAACACAGGCCAGUGAUCGAGCUCCCUCACUGUGAGAAGUCGGAGAUGAUUGUUCGCCUGUAUGAGAUGCCUUAUCUUCCCAUGGGAUUCUGGCCCAGGCAGAUCAACCGCCUGUUGGAGGUGUCAUCCUCCCUUCUCUCCGGACGUGAAAAGGCCCUUCGACCAAACAGGAUUUAUUGGAGGAGGGGGAUCUACCUCAGCUGGUCUCCUGAAGCAUACUGCCUAGUGGAGUCUACUUCCCUGGAGAACUCCACUGAGAGCUUAGUCAGGAUCACCGUACCCUGUUCCAGCAAAGGUCGUGUUCUGCUGGGUCAGGUGGUUGACCACAUUGACUCUGUCCUGGAGGAGUGGUUCCCUGGCCUCCUCACCACUGAUAUCCAUGGCAACGGCGAGACGCUGCUGAAGAAGUGGGCUCUGUACAGCUUUGAGGAUGGGCAGCAGUGGAGCAGAAUGCUUCUGGAGGAGAUCUUCUCACACAUGGAUAAAGACGGUCUCUUGGUGAAUCCUCAGGAUCCGCGGUCCACGAUUCCCAUAGCCCAGAUCUCCCCGGAUCUGGUUCUGAGCGAUCAGCCCGCCUGUUUGAUUCUCAACAGUGAAGAGCUGGAGAUGGAUCUGUCUAAGGAGUACCUACUGGGUGAUGGAGGCUUCGGCGCAGUCUAUCGAGCAGUGUAUAAAAAUGAAGACGUCGCUGUGAAAAUUUUCAGCAAGCAUGCAUCGGACAUCUACCUCCACAGGCUCCUGAGACAGGAGCUGGCAGUGUUGGGGCGCCUGCGUCACCCCAGCCUGGUGUCUCUUCUCGCCGCUGGGACGUCCCCGCACAUGCUGGUGAUGGAGCUGGCCCCGCGGGGGUCCCUGGACUCGCUGUUCGAGCAUGAGAACGGCAGCCUGCACCACAAGCUGCAGCACAGGAUCGCCCUGCACGUGGCGGACGGACUCAGGUUUCUUCACGCGUCUAUGAUCAUUUACCGAGACCUGAAGCCUCACAACGUGCUGCUGUUCAACCUGAAGACAGACUCAGAGGUCAUCGCCAAGAUCACGGACUAUGGCAUCGCCCAGUACUGCGGCAGCAUGGGGGUCAGGACUUCAGAGGGGACUCCUGGGUUCCGAGCGCCCGAGGUUGCUCGCGGCGGUGUAAUCUACAAUCAGCAGGCGGACAUGUUCUCCUUUGGCCUCCUGCUGUAUGACCUCCUGACCUGCGGGGAGCGUAUCACAGAUGGGAUGAAGUUCCCCAGCGAGUUUGAGGAGAUCGCCGUUCAGGGGAAGCUGCCGGAUCCAGUGAAGCACUAUGGCUGCACUCCGUGGCCCAGGUUGGAGAGCCUGAUGAGGGAGUGCUUAAGGGAGAACCCCCAAGAUAGACCCUCAUCUCGACAGGUGUUUGACAGGCUGAACUCAGGAGAGCUUCUGUGCCUGAUGAAGGAGGUGAAGGUGUGUGGGGUGUCCAGCGCUGAGUGUUUCGCGGCAUCCUCUGGGGGAGGGAGCCCGCUCGUCUGGGUCGGCGGUGGGAGCAGCAGUCAGAGGCGGGGAUACGUCGCCUCCGUGGAGCUGGGAUCUGGCAAACUCGCCUCACAGCCGAUUGGCAGCAGUCCUGUCCUAUGCCUGGUGAUGGUGCCAGUCCCAGGAGAGUCAUUUGACUGGAUGGUGGCAGGAACACAGUCUGGUGCUCUGAUAGUCAUCAGCACAUUGGACGCAUCAAAACGACAUCAUCUGCAGAGCGUCGCUGAUGCUGUGACUUCACUCUUCUACCACUCACACCCUCAACACAGCAAAAAGAAGAAUUAUUUGUUAGUGGGGACUGCAGACGGAACACUGGCUGUUUAUGAAGAUUCAGUGAUUCAGUGUGAGAACGGUCAGCCCAUGAAGACAGUUCAGAUUGGGGACGUCAACACUCCACUGAUGGGUCUGGGCUCAUCGGGUCAUUCCCUGGACCGGACCACUGUCUGGGGAGGCUGCGGGACCCGAGUCUUGUCCUUCACUGAAGACUACGAUGUCCGGAAGACCAUCGAUACCAAACCAAACUACACGUACCCGCUGCAGAACAGGUGGAGCAGUGAGGGCAACAUCUCGCGCCUGGUGGUGGAGAAACAGGUGUACCUGAGCAAGGCAGGGGCGCAGGUGGUGGAGGUGUGGGAGAAGAAGAGUGAGAGGAUAAGCGAGCUCAUCGACUGCACACAGAUACUGACGUACGGUUCCAACAGAAGACCCAGGAAGUUGAGCACAGAGAGGGUUCAGGAGUCUGGACCCUCCUGGGCCAGUGUGAAAGCACUCCUAGUCCAACCCAAUGCCACACUCUGGAUUGGCACCAGAGGGGGUCAUGUGAUCCUGGUGGACCUGACGUCAUGCCAGCCACUCAGAGUGUUGCGCCACCUGUGCCAGUCUGUGCGGAGCAUAGCAGUGGCAUAUGUGGAAACACUCAACCCAAAGAAUGUGGUGCUGCUUUUGGGAAGAAGAGGUAGACCAUCCCAAGAUCAAGACAGCAGUCAGUGUGAUGAUGAAUCUGUCCUUCUUAUGUGGAACAGUGCUCUUCCUCUGGAGAUUAAAGACCUUCUCAAACACAGCGAGAUGAGAUCAGAGAUUGCAGAUAAAAUGAGAGCAUCACUGUACGACUGAGCUCUGGGACCUGAGCUAUAUUUGGAAAGAAAGACCUGCUUGAAGAUUAUUGGAGAGAAAUCUGCUAUACACAUGGGGAAAUUAGGUUUAAGUGAUUUUGUGUUAUUGCACAACUUUACAUUUGAUAUGCAUUGAAAAUGAAAAGGGACAGUAAUACUUAUGUUGUACAUUACAAGUUCCAUUAUAAAAAGCCCAAGAAAGCACUUUUACAGCAAAAUACAGAAUGCAACUGACAAUUAUGAUUUUAAUUUAUUUAUCAAUUGUAAAAAGCAUCUGCCAUGUUCUUGUGCAUGUUAAUAAGUACACCCAGUGCUGUUGUCUGUUAGCAGGCUUAAGUGGAUGGCAUAGUGUUUACUUUGUAUACAUUGUAAUUUGCAUGUGGUCACAAUAAACCAUGUUUUAUGCCAUUU